AUGACAGGAAAAUGCGGAAACAUCCCAGACAAUUUGUAUAAGCCUGGAGAAGUAAUCAUUGGUGGGGUUUUUUCUCUGAUACAACCUGAGGUGUAUUUGCUCAAUUUUACAGUUUUCCCAGAAAGAAGUAAUGAUGCUGCCAUUGUGAAGUUUAAACAUUAUCAGCAUGUCCUCACCCUAAUUUUUGCCAUUCAUGAGAUCAAUGACAUCCCAUCGCUCUUGCCCAAUAUCACGCUGGGGUUCCAUAUCUUUGAUAACCUAUUUGACUUGGGAAGAACGGAUGAAACCAUCCUGGAUCUGCUUUUCAAGCAGAGAAAGAAUACUCUCAAUGACAAGUGGGAUAGGAAAGAUGUAUUUUCUGUUAUUGGGGGACUCACUUCAGAACACUCUAUCCAGAUGGCCACCAUCUUAAGCAACUACAAGAUUCCACAGCUCACUUAUGGUUCAUUUGAAGCCACCCUAAGCAGUAAGAUUGAUUUCCCUUUUGUGUACCGAAUGGCACCAAGAGAAACUGCUCAUCAUAUGGGGAUUGUCCAGCUACUCUUGCAUUUCAGAUGGACCUGGAUUGGCCUUAUUGUAUCUGACGAUGAUGCCGGGGAAAGUUUUGUGCAGAAACUGAUUCCUUUGUUGGUCCAGAACAGCAUAUGUGUUGCCUUCUUGAAAAGAAAUGCAAUAAAGAACUUAGUUCUUAAUAAUAAUAAUAAUGAAGGACUCACUAGGUUAACACAAACUCUUCUUUUAACCGAUGCCAAUGUGAUUAUUCUUGCAACAGACUCUGUAUUACUCAAUUCAUUAACAUUAUUCUUAGAAGAAUUCAGCAUGAAGGCCCUUGUAGGAAAGGUUUGGAUCAUGCCACUUCAGUGGUAUUUCAGCACGUUACCCAGCGGGGAACUGGUUGGCAGAAAAAUUUUCUAUGGUGCCUUGUCUUUCUCAGUCCACACAAAUUCAGUGCCAGGAUUCCAGGACUUUCUUCGAAAUGUAAAAUUUGAUAAGACACUAAAGACGUUCUUCUGUUUGUUCUGGCAAUACGCAUUUCAACGGUGUGCAAAUUGUAGAGGAGAGGAGAAACUGGAGGAUCUUCCUGCAAAUGUUUUUGAGAUGGAUAUGUCUGGUGAGAGCUACAGUAUCUAUAAUGCUAUCUAUGCUAUGGCACAUGCUUUACAUGCCAUAUACUUUUCCAGAAAAAGACCUAUGUUGAAUAAAGGCAAACUGGAGCAUGGGAAUAUUCAACCAUGGCAGCUCCACUCUUUCAUGGAAAACAUACACUUUAACAAUGGAGCUGUGCAAGAGGUUUUGUUUGAGAACAAGGAAUUGUCCAUUGGGUAUGAUAUUAUUAACUGGGUUACUUUCCCCAAUCAGUCCUUCCAAAAAGUCUUGGUUGGAAGUGUUUCAUCAAGCAAAUUAUUCAGCAUCAUCAAAGAUGCCAUAGUGUGGAACAGAAGACUGAAGCAGAUCUACAGUGAGAGUAGAAACAGCAUCAACAGAGGUUUCGGUCAUGCUGAAGUGAAAUUCUUGAAGGGCUGUGUUUGA